AUGUGCUCUCUUUCGCGAAGUGUCGUUAUUGCCGUGGCGAGCUUGUCUUUGUUAGGAGAGCUAGGCAGUGGCUUGACGCCGACCAACAUUGGCGGCAGACGUCGAUUUCACGUGUCACCACCUGUAUCCGUCCUCGCGACCGCAAGAUCACUGUUUGCACAAAAACCAGAAAGUGACGAGACUAUUCCCAGUAAAAACAAGCUGUUGCCACCACUGGCCUUGGAAUUCGAUAAAGAAGCACUCUAUGCUACCCCAUGGCACUUUCGACUGCGACACAUUUUGCAGUACUUUCCAUUUCUAAAGUUGCUCAACAUCUGA